AUGCUGGACUACCUCAUCCCAAUCGGCAUGGCCCUGGCUGGCGUCUUCAUCAUGAUGUUCAUCUUCCAGAACAUCAGCACAUCAGAGAUUGGCAGCGACUCGAUCGUACCCGCUCGCAAGCCGCGCUCCAAGAGAUCGCAGCGUCCGUCGCAGAAGUACACGGACGACGUGCUGGACCUGGCCACUGAGCAGCUUAUCGCGCGUGAGGUGGCCCGAAACCCGUCUGGUAUGAUUACUGACAGCAAGACAGUGACGCCGCAGACACUCGAUAGCAUCCGUGGUCGCCGGCAGGCCAAGGAGGAGGGCCAGCGCACCCAGACUCAUGCCAAGGUUAGUGAGCGCCAGAAGCAGUCCGCGAAGGACCAGGGCUUUAAGGUGGUGGAGAACCUGAAGAGCUUACCGAAACAGCAACACCAGCAGGAGAAGCCGCAGUUCGAGUCGGAAUCGGCCACGUCUAUCGAGGAUCUUGAUCGUAAGCUGAGCCUUUUCUUUAAAACCAACGGCUCCCGAAAGGUCAAGGAGGUGAAUCUCAAGGAGGAGGUGCCGGCCGAGAGCGGCUUCAACCGCGGUCACGUUGUCCUGAAAGGCGACUUGAGCAAGGCAAAGUGCUGGUGA